UGUGGAGGGAUCCUCGACGCUUCCGCUCACCGGCCAGUCCCAGUGGCCAGCCGUUGGUAUUCAAAAUCCGCCGAAGCGGCAGGCUAGCCGUUGCAACGGGUUUGAGCCUGUAGUUCUCUCCACGAGGUUAAACUCCGCUGUGGAGGGAUCCUCGACGCUUCCGCUCACCGGCCAGUCCCAGUGGCCAGCCGUUGGUAUUCAAAAUCCGCCGAAGCGGCAGGCUAGCCGUUGAGCAAACGGCUCACACCUAUCGGUUCUGCCGGUAACCGACAUCCGAGCCGUCCUUUCCACUCCACUUCCUACUCUUCCAGUCUGUCGCAUCCACCAAUUUAAACCUCCGAGGCGAAGGGAAGGGGAGAGAAGACUUAUUUGCAUUUCAAUCCAAUAAAGAAAGAGAAACUUUUCCUUUUGUGCUCCGGCGAUUAGGGAUUUGGUGGCGGAGGCGGCAGGAGGCUCAGGCGGCGCGGGUCAAUCGUUGCUGGGGCAGGGGGACGCGCCGCGUCAGAUCCGCCGGAGAGCCUAUGACCUAUUCUCCUUCUGCGACACAACUCGUUGAAGGACUCACUGGGGGUUUGACAUUAUAAUGAUUCUUAGACCCUUCCCUGGCUUCUGCUACAGAGUGGAAAUUGAAUUUUCAGUGUUCACUCGCAAUGACAAGUGACAAGGGAAGGACUUCAAAGAAGGCCGCUGAGGGUUCACCCUCUGCUUUGGCUGUGCCUGAUGGAAGAGCCAGCAGUGGACCUCAGAAGGGGCAGUUGUCCAAUGGGAGGACAACGGGUCCAGCAAGGCGCUCGACCAAGGGAAAUUGGACCCUCGAAGAGGACGAUAUACUUCGGAAGGCUGUUGAAAUCCACAAUGGGAAAAAUUGGAAAAAGAUAGCUGAGUGUUUUCCUGAUAGGACCGACGUUCAAUGCUUGCAUAGGUGGCAGAAGGUUUUGAAUCCUGAGCUAGUCAAAGGGCCAUGGUCUAAAGAAGAAGAUGACAUCAUUAUUCAGAUGGUAAAGAAAUAUGGACCCACGAAAUGGUCAACCAUCGCCCAAGCUUUGUCAGGACGCAUUGGGAAGCAAUGUCGCGAAAGGUGGCACAAUCACCUUAAUCCUGGUAUAAACAAAGAUGCAUGGACGCAAGAAGAGGAGAUAAGGCUCAUUCAGGCUCAUCACAUAUACGGAAACAAAUGGGCUGAACUGUCAAAAUUUCUACCAGGAAGGACGGACAAUGCAAUAAAAAAUCAUUGGCACAGCUCAGUUAAGAAGAAAUAUGAAUCGUAUAGAGCAGAAGGAUUACUGGCUCAGUUCCAGGGCCUACCAGCUGCUCUAUAUCCUACAGGGAGUCUAAAUGUUGAUUCAUCAUCUGCAAUGAUGCAGCAAAAUAGUGAUGGCAGUGGUUUGAAUGUUAAUCAGGAGGUACAAGAUUCCUCGGAGUUUAGCCAAUCAGCAUUGGCUAAUAUUUCUUCUUCUCAAGUGGAGCAAGUUGAUGAGCCUGUGGGCUGUCAUGGGCAAAUACAUUCCAGUGAUGGAGCGCAUGACUCUUACUCUUCAUGUCAGGAAGCAUGCGAUACUAAAGCCAACGAUGCUGCCUCUACUUUACCAGAGACUCGUCACCAGUUGUCAAUCUCUGAAAAUGAUCCAGAUAUGCACUGGCAGCAAGACCUUUCUGUAGCCGACUUCGAUCUUCAGUCAGAACUGUGGCAGGAUAUUUCUUAUCAGAGUCUUACUGCACCAGACUCCAUCAGUGCUGAUUCUUUCUUCAGCCCAAAUUACCAGCACAGUGCAUGCUCAUCUGAAGUUGCGAACAAUUUUGAAGAACCACUUUAUCCAUUGCAUACAUACUCAUCAAGCAGGACAGGCACUGUGCAUCAUCAAAGUUCUGCAACAUCAGUACCUCCAUCCUUUAUUUGUUCAGGCCGUGCUAGCCAGAUUGUUUCCAGUGAACUGCCUAUAGUACCAGAAUCCAAAGAGCAACAGAUGACAAGUGUUGAAGAGUCACUGCCUAUAGUGCCAGAAUCCAAAGAGCAACAGCUGACAAGUGUUGAAGAGUCACAACCUUUGGAAUCUACAACCAUGGGAAGAGAAGCGUCACCAAACCAUGGUAAAUCCGUGGUAGGACAAAAGCAGCAUUCAGAAUCUUUAUGCUAUGAACCUCCUUGCUUUCCAAGCCUUGAAGUUCCAUUUGUCAGCUGCGAGCUCAUAAGCUCGAGUGACCUGCCAGAAUAUAGUCCUCUUGGCAUUCGACAGUUCAUGAGGCCAUCCAUGAGCUUCUCCACUCCACUAAGAUUAUGGAGCUCCCCUACACGCGAUAGGAGUCCUGAUGAUGUGCUGAAAAGUGCUGCCAAAAGUUCUGUAUGCACACCGUCGAUAAUGAAGAAGCGGCAGAGAGAGCCCCCAUCUCCUAUUCCAGAUGUAAGACUUGCAAAGAAAAUGGGUACUGAAAAGGAUUGUGGUAGCUCAGCCAUGCCAUCCACAAGAACUGAGAGAUCUUGCAGAGAUGCCACUCGAGAUGAUUCGCUUGAUUUGAUUCCUGAAAAUUCGAAAGAUAUCAUUUAUCAGGGUAAAACUGAAGAUAAUGCAAACAUAAAUACUUUGGAGAAACGAGAGAGAUGUUCCACUACCGAGAGGGAUACCGCUUACAAUCUAGUAUCCGCAGGGAUUCUUACUGAUAGGAAUGGUCCAAAUCCAGAACGUCGGAAGCUAAAUACCCCUACAAAAUCUUUUUCUAAAGACAUAAUAUCUUCUCGAUCAAAACCAACAGAACUUCUCGUUGAAAAAUCUUCAGUGUAUAUCAAUGCUGAUUAUGAGUAUGUAAACAUACUAGCUGAUACCCCAGGAAUCAAAAGAGGGUUAGAAUCUCCUUCUGCAUGGAAAUCUCCUUUGUUCACAAACUUCCAGGAUGGAUUCUUCAUGAGCCCAACAGGCACAACUUUUGAUGCUCUAGGAUUGGUGAAGCAAAUAAAUGAGCAGAACGCUCCAGCUCUGGAGGAAGCGCAUGAACUCCUGGAAAGUGGGAGCCUAUGUAACAAGGAAAGCUCUGAUAAGGAAAACAUAAAACAUAUUGUUAUCAAGAAGGAACAUGCUACAACCAAUCAGAUAUCCAAUGUCAUGUCGGAAGCAAGGAUUCUUGAUUUCAACGAGUGCACCACACCUGUGAAGAAGAAAGAAGACAACAGAUGCAGCACUUUAGGAAGAUCUCCAACUUCCUCUUAUGUCUUGAAGAAUGUGCGGUAGCGUCUUGAGAAAGCUUUUCUGAUGCAGAAUCAGUAUGUACAUGCCUGUAGCUCCUAUUAAUUUAAUUGUAUACAUUUUUCUGCUUCUUUUAUCUAUAUACUCAUUGCUCGUCACUCCUCAUUGUCUAUGCAUAUGUC